GCCUGGGUCAGGAGACCACAAGAAGGCAGGUUGCUGGGCCGCAGGCACCGGGACAUCAGGCUGAGCGAUAGUUAUCGGUUCCUCAGGCUGGAUAACGGACACCGGAGCAUCAGGCUGAAUGACGGACACCGGAGCAUCCGGCUGGAUAGGAUCAUUAGGAUGGGUAGCGGUGCACCAGCACCAGAUCAUCAGGCCGGGUAGGAUCAUCAGGCCGGGUAGGAUCAUCAGGCCGGGUAGGAUCAUCAGGCCGGGUAGCGUACACUAGGUCAUCAGGCAUCAGGGCAUCAGACUGAACAGCGGGCACCGGGUCAUCAGGCUUGACCGCGGGCACCGGGUCACCUGGCAGAACAGCGGGCACAGGGUCAUCUGGCAGAACAGCGGGCACCGAGUCAUCUGGCACGACAGCGGGCACCGAGUCAUCUGGCACGACAGCGGGCACCGAGU